GCUAAUAGCCAUUGAUGGGCCUAUCUUCUAUAAACUCAUCUAAUUGUUUUUGGAACCCAGAUAUACUUUUGGUCUUUACAGCAUCCCCAGGCUGUGCGUUGUGUGAAGAAGUACUUCAUUUUGUUUUUUUAAACCUGCUGCCUAUUAAUUGGGUGACCCCUGGGUCUUCUGUUACACGAAGAGGUAGUCUAGGGAAUUAUUUGCAGUCUGGAAGGUGGUUCUCAGUGCUGCUGCCUGUUGGGUCAGAAAGAUGCCUGCUCCAAGAUCAGAAUUUUGGAACUACGUCCCGGAAGAAAUCCUUGUCCAUAUAUUUUACUACCUGUCUCUCCAAGAUAGAUACACAGCCUUCCAAGUGUGCAAACAUUGGGCCGCAGCUGUUUCCACGAGCUCCGUGUGGCAUUUCACAGAGAUCAGCUGUGAUUCAGAGAACGAGGAGGGCAUGCUGCAGAGUUUACACCAGUUCCUGAGCCAGAUCAAACACCUGAGGAUUGUGUUUGAUCAGUCCAAGGAGAUAAAUCGGAAGAACGUCACCCACAUUCUAGACAUGUUGGCCAGGCAGAACCACAAGCUGCAGAAGCUGUGCAUCAUAUGCAAAGGGGAGAACCCUUAUUUCUACUCUGGCCAGGACAUCCUGCAGAGCAUACGAAAUAUAUGCCAGAGAGAAAACCAAAUAGACCUUCAGCAUAUUGAUUUUCGGAGAAUGCCGUUCACCCUGGAUGAUGGGCUUGUUGGACUCAUAGCCACCAGCAGCCCAAACCUGCGCAGCUUGUUCAUCAACAACCGCACUCUGGUUUGCAACGUGAAGCCAGAAACCAUCAGAGAGGUUCUUAAUGUAUGUCCUAAGUUGUCUACCCUGGGAGUCUACUAUGCCAGCCUGUCCAAUGAUGUGUUUGCGGAACUGAUCAAGCCAGAGAGAGAGGCUUUCACACGCUUAGAUAUUUUUUGUGAGCGCUUGGACAAAUACAUUCCAGUCAUCUCUGAAGAGCUUUGGGCUGCCGUGAUCCAGAAGCAUCCUCAACUCUGUGUAGACCUGGAGUUUGAUCACACAGUCCCUGCCUGGAAGAUACCACGGAUCCUAAAGCCCAAUAUACCCGUGGGUACUUUACAACUGAAUACUUUUACGUACAUGGUGAACCAGGUUAGGUUUGUCACCAGCAGUUACAGCAGGACUUUAAGCAGGCUGGUGCUCCAGACGACCCCCUCUGACGAUUUGAACUCCUCGCUAAUAGACCUGGCAAGGAAGUGUGUCAAUCUAACAGAGAUUCACUGUUACUGUGUGGUUACUCAGGAAGUGGUAGAUACCUUUCUCGUACACUGCCCCAGUCUGAAACGAUACACUCUCAAGAUUACCAAAGAACGUCACCCCUGGAAACCGACAGUAGUUCAGUGACGUACCUGUUUUGACUGGAAGCCAGUUUGAAAAAAAAAAA